AUGUGUCACAAGAGGGUUGAAAUAUGCGUGGCCUGCGGCUUUGACGCGAAGGUUAAGGCCAUCAAGUGCAGGGACGCACCCGAAGACAUCCACAAACGCAAGGAUUUCGUGGAGGAUCUCAUCGAAGGGAUCAGUCAUUGCAAGUCUUGCGCUGAUGUCAUUCCUGGCGAGAUUCCACAUUGGGCCCGAUUCUAA